UAUGUAUUAUUGUAAUAAUUAAAAAAUGAUUUAUUGGAAAUAAUUUUUUAUCUGUAUAUAUAUGUCUCUCUUUCUAUUAAUGUAUACACAUACUUAUAUAUAUAUUUUUUAUUUUAGUAUAGCGUUUUUGAUGAUUUAUCUAAGUAUGAAGAAAUGAAGCAGAACAGUGAUAACAGAAGUUAUUCUAUGGAAGAUUACACACAAUGUUGCUAUACAUCUAAUGAAGAUGGUACCCCUGAAAACAAUAAAAUUAGAAAUAUUUGUAAAAGCUUUAUAACCUAUACCUUGAAUUUGAAUAAUGAUAGUAAAAUUAAUUCUUUCGGUCGCAGUAAAUAUAUAACAUAUUUAAAUUAUUGGUUAAACAUGGAAUUAAAAAAAUUGAUGAAAACGGUUAAAGAAUUUACGCAAUUUCUUGAACAACAUUUGAAUGAAGGGUCUUAUGAACACAUGGUAUACAAUGGAUUGAAGGAUAAAUUAUUUGAUAUGGAUAGUGAUCUUUAUGAAGAAAUGGAUAUCCUGCAUAAUUUGUAUAUUAGUUAUAAUGAAUUAGAUAAUGCUAUAAAAGGUGGAGAAACAUGUAAACAAUAUGCUAAAAAAUGUGUUGAUUUUUUUAAUAAAGGCAUUGAUAUAUAUAAUAAAACAAAUACAAGUAAAUUUUAUAAAGAGUUGACAAAAUUUUGGAUAAAAUAUGAUAAAAUAAAAAGGACAAAUGAUGAAUUAAAAGAUAAUAAUUUAUUAGAUUUGCCUCCAAUCAUAUCAUUAAUCCAAGAUUUAAAGGAAAAAACUUCCCAAAGAGCUAGAGAUUCAUGCCAAGCUAUUAAAGUGUACAACAUAAGUGAAUUUCUACCAAGACAUAAAAAUAUAUUAGAAAUGUUAAGUGCUCAUGAUAAAUAUGAAAAAUUGAACAAUGAGAUUGUCGAUGAUGAUAUAUGUGCUAAAUAUUGUGAAAUUCCAAAUUCUAUGGAAGAAAAUAAAGAAGCAGUUAAUUUACUUUUAGCCAAACAUGCUACUAAUUUUAAAAAACUAUCCGAUAUUCUAACAGAUACAUCUUCAGAUGACCGUUGCUCAUAUUUGCUUUAUUGGACAUACGAAAAAAUGCUGAGCAUUUUCGACAGAAGCACUGACACAUCUCAGAACCAUUAUAUCAUUAAUGAACUUAAUGAUACAAUGAUUAAAAUUAAUAGAGAAUUGACAUCUGAUAAAAGAUGUUCAUAUUUUAUUGGUAGAAAUAUUUACGAAUGGCAAAAAGAGAAAGAUAUGCAUGAUUAUUUUAAAAAUCAUAAAAAAAUUAGUGAAUGCAUUGAAGCAGAGAAUAGAAAUUGUAAUCAGUACUGUGCCUAUCUCAAUUAUAUUAAUGAUCUGUAUAUGAAUUACAUAAAUAACUGCUGUGUGUGCUACAACAACCCUAAUUCUGAUUGUUCAAAUAUGUGUCCAACAUAUUUUAAAUGCAAAAAAGACUAUUAUCCACCCGAUCUGAUAACUAAAUUGAAAUGCACAAACACUAAUGCAAACACAAAAUCCCCUAAAAGUGCAGAUGAAGUAUUCGCCUAUUUAAUCAUCGAUAGUGAUGUCAUAAGGAAAACGAAUGUGCCAUAUUUAGGUACUUUUACCAAUUUAUUGUUUGAUCCUAUUAAUCCUAAUAAUCCUAUUAGUCCUAGUAAUCCUAUUAAUACUAUUAUGCUACACGUUAUUGCAUCCAUUGGAGUAUUUUUCAUAUUUUUCUUAUUUUAUAAAGUAAAUAUUUCUAUAUUAAAAGUGAAUUUUUUACAUGAAUUCAUAUAACUUAUUUUUUCUAAAAAUUAAAAAUGAUAAAUAGAUGUAUCACAUUUAUUUCAUAAUUUUCCUAAUUAAAUCAGAUUAUCACCACUGGAUUAUUGAUUCAUAAAAAAAGACGACAGAAAAACAUAAAUAAAAAGAAACUUCGAUGUGGAACCUCGAAAAACGUUCAUUUACAACUCAGAAUCUCCCCCAAAAAAUACGCAAGAUAAGCGAAUCACAGUAGCAUAUCAUUCUACA